AUGAUGCUUAAUACUGCAUUAUUAUUUCAAAAGGUAUUUGAAACCUAUGAAGAUCAUGACAGCUCAUUUAAAUCUGAUUUGGGUGGAAGUGUACCGGAUUUCAUGGAUUGGGAAUCCAUUCAAUCUUUGGUUAAGAUUCUGAAAUCUUUUUAUGAAAUGACUGUUAGGAUUUCUAGUUCAUUGUAUGUGACUUCUAAUACCUUCUUCUCUGAGGUUUCUGAUCUGUCUUUCUUGUUGAAAAAUAUGGAGGAAGCUACAGAAGAUAGUGUUAAAUUGAUGGACCCCAGGGACAAAACUGAGUAUAUGCCCAUCCAGUUUAACCCGUUAUAUGGUGAGGACAAGGGUAAAGCAAUGUUUGAUAAGGUUAUUCUUGGCCUUAAAGAGUUGUUUCAAGAUUAUGUUGCAUUCUUCCCUGUCCAGUUUGUUGAACAAUAUAACAAAUCUUAUCCCUCAUUAACAAUAUCUAAUUCUGUUUCUGUUAGGAGACCUCAAUCAUUACUGAAAUCUCAGAUUAAGAAGCAAAAAUUGGAGAGUGGAGAUUUGUCUAGGAUAAAACUGAGUUGGAAGUCAUUCAGUACUAAUGGAAGGGUACUAGAUGCCUUUAGGAGUUCCCUAACUCCUAGAAUUGUUGAGGCACUGGUGUGCGCACAUGAUUGGCUAAGAGUUGUGCAGCACAUCCAACACUGGAGUUGGAUCUUCACUGCCUACAAUUCUUUGUAUCAUGUAUGUGUAUCAAUGAUUCAAAUCAAUGUCCCUCAUGAGGCUGGGAACUAG